UAAUAAUAAUCUAUAUGUCAUAGAUUAAAUACUAUUUGUUUAAAUAACCAAUCAAAAUCACACAGUGCGUUAAUAGUUUUUUUUUCAAAUUUAAAUUGUGAAGGUCACUUUUUUCGCAUUAAAAUUACAAAAAAAAUAAUAAAGAAAACUAUAAAUAUCAACUCAUGAUUAAAUUUAUGUGAAGUACACAUUGAUAUUUUGCAAAUUUUACAUUUGUAACUAGUGCGAUUUAUGAUUCUUUCUUGUUCUUGUUCUUGUUCUUCUUCGUCGUCGUCUUCUUCUUCUUCUCCUUCUUCUUUAUCUUUUUGUUUUUUGUUUUUUAUAAUUUAAAGGAAAAAAAAUAAUGUUAAAGGCCAAUUAUUUAUUGAAUCUUAUUAUUCAAAGAAAUAGCCAACUGAAAAAUGGUUAUCAUAUGAGUACAGCAUUAAAUAAAUUAGCACGAACACGUGUUGAAUUAAAUAAUGCUAAAAAAAUUAUUAUAAAAUUAGGUAGUGCCGUAGUAACAAAACCGGAUCGUAGCGGUUUAGCACUUGGUCGAUUAGCUGCUAUAGUAGAACAAAUUGCUGAAUUAUGUCAACAAGGUCGGCAAUGUCUUCUUGUUACUAGUGGAGCAAUAGCAUUAGGACGGCAUCAUCUUGAAACAGAUGAGAAAAAAAGUAGUCGAGGAGCUCGAGCAGCUAUUGGUAUGGCAGAGAUGGUUACAUUAUAUGAUCAUUUAUUUGAACAAUGUGAUCUUCGAACAGCUGCUAUGUUAUUGACACCUGUAGAUUUUGAUGAUGGUCAUCGACGAGCAUACUGGCGCACAGCACUUCAAGAUUUAUUAAAUCAAGGGGUUGUACCAAUAAUUAAUACAAACGAUGCUGUUGCUUGGAAUAAAGAAAAUUCUGCUGGUACAACAUGCACAGAUACAGCCCUAACCCUUCAAGUACGUGACAAUGACAGUUUAGCUGCUCGUUUGGCAUGUGAAUUAAAAUCAGAUCUGUUGCUUUUAAUAUCUGAUGUAGAUGGUGUAUAUACUGCACCACUGGUAGUCCUGGUGCUCGAUUUGUGGCCGAUCAAUGGUGAAUUCCUGAAUUUUGGUGAAGCAUCUUCCGUCGGUACUGGGGGAAUGAAAAGUAAAAUUGCAUCAGCAGUUUGGGCUGUCAGACAAGGAACUUCAGUUGUCAUAAUCAGAGGUAGCAGAUUUAAUUGUAUUACUGAUGUCAUGAAUGGCAUGGAUGUUGGCACAUUUUUCACAUUAGAAGAAAAAAAUGAAGCGGAAAAUCAGCUUGAUAUUCGAGAAGAAACAAUUAAACAAAUUGCCAUGAAAGCUCGUGAAGCCACUGAAGCAGCUGGUAUUUCAUCUAUUCUGUUGGCUAGACUGCAAUUAAGUCAUUCAAAGAUAAAAACAUUGAGUGAAGGACUUAGACAAAUUGCCACUGAAUCACGUAAACGACAUGGUCAUGUUAAUUGUGUAUUGUCUCGUACUAAAUUAGCAGACAAUUUAAUUUUGGAGAAAGUUACUGCACCUAUCGGUGUAUUAAUGGUGAUAUUUGAAUCGAGACCAGAUUGCUUACCACAGGUUGCUGCGCUUUCAAUCGCUACAGCCAAUGGUCUGUUAGCAAAACCCGGAUCUGAAGCCUUACAUACUGUUCGAGUACUUCAUAGACUUGUCGGUGAAGCUUUAGAAAUGGUCAAUCUACCAUCUGAAGCUGUUGGUCUACUUGAAGGACGUAAAGAUGUGGAUUAUGUUUUACAGGGUAUAGAUAAACAAUCUUUUGUUGAUUUAGUCAUUCCAAGAGGUAGUUCAAAAAUGAUUGAAAGUAUUCGUAGUGCGGCAAAUAAAGCCGGUACUGGUGUACCUGUCAUGGGUCAUGGGUCCGGUAUCUGUCACGUUUAUGUUGAUUCGGCAGCUGAUCCUGAAAAAGCUAUAAAAAUAGUUAUUGACUCAAAGUGUGAUUAUCCAUCAGCUUGUAAUGCAAUGGAAACUUUACUUGUGCAUAAAUCACAUGCUGAAUCAGGCUUAUUGGAGAGGUUAUGUAAUCACUUACGAGAUCAUAAAGUGAAACUGUAUGCUGGACCAGGUAUGAUACGUUUAGGUCAAAAUUUAACAGAUGAAAUGAAACCAGCAAAGAAUUUAUCAUAUGAAUAUGGUGAUCUAGAAUGUACUGUAGAAUUAGUAGAAAGCGUAGAUGAAGCUAUCGAGUAUAUUGGAUCGUAUGGAAGUGCGCAUACUGAAUCGAUUGUAACGGAAGACAAAGCUACAGCCGAAAUAUUCCUUCAAAAAACAGACAGUGCAUGCGUUUUUCACAAUGCAAGUACAAGAUUCGCUGAUGGUUACCGAUUUGGGUUAGGUGCUGAAGUUGGUAUAAACACAGGGAGAAUUCAUGCUCGCGGACCAGUUGGAGUUGAAGGACUAUUAACAACUAAAUGGAUUUUACAUGGAGAUGGACAAUGUGUUACUGAUUUUAGUUCAGGAAAAUUAAAUUACUUACAUGAAUCUUUGCCAAUUAAAUAA